AUGUCGUCAACACGGAAGAUGAGCACGGCAAUCCAAUAUUGCAAACCCAAUAAUACAGAGUCAGAAUAUGACCUUGUCGAGGUUGAAGCAAACGCACAGUCCAAAGCUGGUGAUGGCUCCAGUGACGACAGUGGCAGCGAGGAUGAAGAUGGAGAUGAGGAGGGGGAGAAAGUCUCAGUGAAAGGCAUGCUCACUCAAGUUCUCAAAGAAAUUCGCAACGGAGAACUCGACCUCACCGACAGUAAGAAGCUCGCUGCUUUCGCUACCCAUCAAGGACCAGAUCUUGCCCGCCAGACUGGAGAUAAAGAUCAGCCGACAGCUCUUCACAUCAUGGCAAAGGAAGACAAAAAGUCACUUCCUAACCUCGAUGAGAAAAUGGAGCCCCUCAUCAAGUUUCUCUGCCAGCAGAAGAAUUAUCUCGAGAUCAAAGAUCGUUCUGGCCACACAUCAUUAUUCCUCGCUAUCGAACAGAGGAAGAAGAUAAUGGUGCAGUGGAUGUGCGAUUCUCACCCUGAAAUAAGCAAUAUCAUCUCCAUCGUCGGAAGCAAGGGCAUGAACUGCCUUCAUAUCGGCAUUAACAAGAGAAUCAAGUUCCUUGAUCUACUCAUAGAGACAGCAAAACCCGAGGCAUUUGCGGCAAAAGAUGAUAAUGGGAACACUCCACUUCAUCUUGCUGUCGACUAUGAUAAUUGCAAGCGAGAGCAGCUCGAAUAUGUCAAGAUGAUGCUGGAGAAGGGCGAUAGGGCAAUAUUCAGUAGUACGAAUGGGGACUUCAACAAGGCGAAUCUCUCUCCUUACAGGUACCACAAAGAAAGUGUCAGAAAGGGCCGAAAGAAGGCGGCGGGAGGAGCAGAGAUGCCUGGCAAAGAAACAGAAUCUGUUCCAAAUCGAGGCAUCUCGUCAUCUAUGCCGCCUAUCCUUUCAGCUGACUGCUCGAUGCAGCCCGAGAUGCGGGACAGCAUGCAGGUCGAUCGCCGAACCAAAUAUGGAGGCAGCAUCCCCAUUCAGGCUUCUGUGCCUAUGGCCUCACCAGCCCCGACUGUUAUUCCGGAUUCUGCAGACUCCAAGAAGGUGCCCCGAGACUCUGACGCUUCCAAGUCCAAGAAGGGCAAAAAGAGUGGCAGCAAGUCAGAUCCAGUGGAUGAGAGCAUUGUGAAAGGGGUUGAACGCUUGCUCAAGUUGCACUAUUUGAGAUCCCGGGACUCCACUGACGCUAUGGAGAUCUUGUAUGGAAAGAAUGCCCCCUCAGACAAGGAGCUUAGCUUUGACCUUUAUGGCAUGAUGAAUCCAGAUGAAAGUCUCACUCAAAAGGGACUCACUAAUCUUCUGCGCAACAUGAAGUUUGAGGACACUCUUCAAUACGUUUGGAUCCCCAGAAUCACCGUUGAGGAGCCUCAGCAAAGUAAGUCGAGGACCUCCAUGCGCAAACAAAUCAAGCCGGUACCGGAUGGGGCUGGUAGGUCGGACUUGGUACACAUAUUCGACCAGCUCCGCAACAAAGGCGUUGAGACUGUCUUACGUGUCUUUGUUCAAGACUCUGAUCCCGAUUCCCCAUCUCACAGUGAUGAGGCCAUUGAGAAGGCACUUCAAGGCAUGGGUGUUGAGGUCUGGGAUUGGAACAAGACAGACUUGUGCACUGAAGUCAUCGUCACCGCGGCGCCUAAGGCACGAGAGGUUCAUCUCUAUUGGAGCGGUAACAAUGCUGUCCUCAGAGGCUGGAGCGAAGCAGGAGGCUUGGCAAAGUUACCUGAACUGGGGCUCGUCAAACUUCAUAUUCAGCAAGGCCUUGAAACGUCCGCCCGAACUGAAGACAACGUGAAUGAGUUCCAGAAUAGGAUGAAGCUACUCUGUCCCAAUGUCGAAGUGGAGCUUGAGUGGCCAAACAUGCACCGAAGACGAACUGACAAGACCCCCGUACGCGCUGAAGAAGUCGCAGAACACACCACCAAGCACGAGUGGAUUCAGUGCAUGACAGACUUUAAAAGGCUGAUCUUUGAAGCCGAGGCAAACUACCCCAUGGCCCCUGGGACCAAAGUCUGCGAGAAUAUCGAGCCGAUCCAGGUUGCUAUCAUCGAUGACGGAGUUGACAUGAAGGAUCUUGACUACCAUUUCACGGGUGGCAGAAGCUUUUGCGUACGUUCUGAACAUCGAGGUCUCCUCGAUCCAUACUAUAUGUCUCGAACUGGGCACGGAACUAUCAUGGCGAAGAACAUCCACCUCAUGUGUCCGCAUGCAUCUCUCUUUAUACUGAGACUUGAGGAUACUCCAUCUGAAGAUGGAACCAAGCUGAACAUUACCGCUAAAAGUGCUGCAAAUGCCAUUCGUGCAGCAAUAGUACAAGGGGUUCAGAUCAUUUCCAUGUCGUGGACCAUCGACCCACCCAAGGACGACAGAGAAAGACAAGACCUCGAAAACGCCGUCGUCGAGGCUGCCAACGCUAACAUCCUCAUGUUCUGUUCAGCAAGAGACAAAGGAGCUCAUAACGCCCCAACAUACCCCUCCAAUGCAACAGGCAAGAUAUUCACCAUAGGCGCCGCAAACACCUCAGGCGCAAGCGUAGACUACGUCGGCAAUGCCUCUGAGCUCAGCUACAUCUUUCCCGGCGAUAAAGUCGAAGUCGACAGCGGUCGAACUCCCCCAGAGAUCGUGGACGGGUCAUCUGUAGCGACUGCACUAGCAGCUGGUCUAGCAGCCCUGAUUCUCUACUGUAUCCAAGUUAGGAUCUUUCUUGCAAAGGGUUAUGAGAAGCAAAAGGCUCGUGAGGCUUAUAAGAAGGUGAAGCAGCACGAAGGAAUGGUGAAGGCGUUUGACGCUAUUGAAACAACGAAGGAGAGUAAUCACAAGUUUCUCAAGGUCUGGGAGGUUUUUGGAAAGCAUGUUGAGCAGAAGAAUCAGAAGCUACAGGGAGAAUGGCUUGAAUUGGUUGCCGAGGUUGGAACGAGGCUGUGUUAUAAUAUCUACUAG